UAUCUUUGCUCAUUCAUGUUUGUUUCUGUGGUUUUCCUGUAUUUUACAAUGAGUUGUUGUUUAUUUGCAGGUUUAUGCAUUGAUGUCUUUCUUGUCGCUUGUAUUCAAUAAGAGCUCAAUCUACUUCAAUUCUAUUCGAGAAGUGUAUGAAGCUUGGGUUAUAUACAACUUUCUGUCACUGUGCCUGGCAUGGGUAGGUGGUCCAGGUGCUGUUGUUUUAAGCCUUACUGGGCGCUCUCUUAAGUCAAAUUGGUGUCUGAUGACAUGUUGCUUCCCUCCUAUUCCACUGGAUGGGCGAUUUAUAAGGAGAUGCAAACAAGGGUGUUUACAGUUUGUGAUUCUAAAACCAAUAUUGGUGGCAGUUACUUUUCUACUUUAUUCACAAGGAAAAUACAAUGAUGGGAAUUUCAGCGUGGCACAAUCCUACUUAUAUCUCACCAUUAUAUACACCAUUUCUUACAGUCUGGCACUCUAUGCUUUGGCCUUGUUUUACAUGGCAUGCAGGGAUUUGCUCCAGCCCUUUAAUCCUGUUCCAAAAUUCAUCAUCAUUAAGAGUGUUGUUUUUAUGACCUAUUGGCAGGGUGUUUUGGUUUUUCUUGUUGAGAUUGGUUAG